GGAGUGUGGUGGGAGUGAUUAGUCAUCAGGGCUUUAAUAAUAUUUCAUGUGUUGGUGUCCAUUUUCAUUUGGUGUCAGGAUUUGUCAGCUGCCUACUGCUUAAUAUAGAAACAUGUACAGAUUGUUCACAAUCACAAAUGCUUGUCUGGUGUUUUCGUUGUUGUAGAUCCAGGCGUGACCAGCCGAUGAUAGAUGAUGCUGCUGUAGUCCAAGAAGUACAUGAGUCAGAGGAUAAAGAAAAACCAAGAGGGAGGGAUGGUGUAACCAAUGGCCUGGGGUCAGCAUCGUCACUAGGACAUAGUGCUGUCCCAGCAACACAAGUCCAUGCUGCCGCUCUUCAUGGAGACAAACCGCUUCUUCAAAAACUCCUAGCAGAGUCAGCCGAACAUAUUGACCAGGGUGACCAAUUUGGUCGCACACCAUUAAUGUUCUGCGUCCUAGCUGAUAGACCAGAUUGUGCGGAGAUUCUUAUCAGGAAUGGCGCAAAGGUUGAUUGCAAAGACCAUGGAGGGCGCACUGCAUUACAUUGGGCAGCCCACAAGGGUAAUUUUCGAUUUCUGAAGCUGUUGAUAUCACGAGGGUGUAGCUGGCGGGAGCAAGACAACGAAGGGCAGGCAGCCUUGCAUCUCAUCACGAAACAUAAAAACACAAAAUGCCUGGGAUACUUAAUGAAGUUCCUAGAACCAGGGGAUGUGGACUUGCAGGACAAGGCCAAUAGAACAGCCUUACAUUGGAGUGCAUCUUAUGGAAAUGAAGAAGCUAUUAAAAUGUUAAUCAAAUAUAAUUCCAAUAUUGGUAUUCCUGAUAUUGAGGGUAAAACACCGCUGCACUGGGCUGCCAAAGCAGACAAUGACCAGAGCGCUGUCAAUUCCGUCCGACUUUUAUUAGAAAGGGAAGCCAGUGUUAUUAAUUGGCAGGAUUACGAGGGUAGAACAGCUCUUCACCUAGCUGUGGCUGAUGGCAGUGAGACCAUUGUUCAAAUCCUGAUUGAUGUUGAAUCCAGCAAUGUAUCAGCUCUAGAUAACAUGUUCCGGACCCCCUUACAUUGGGCAGCCGUGCUUGGACAUACAAAGAUUGUCACGAUGCUUCUAGAUCAUAAGGCGCCCUCUACGAGCUCUGAUGCAAAUGGUGCCACACCUCUCCACUAUGCUGCUCAGAAUAACUUUGCUGAAACUGUUAUGGCCUUUCUGAAGCAUAACAGUACCCAUGAUGAUCCAGACUUAGAGGGCAGAACAGCACUUAUGUGGGCUGCAGGCAAAGGGGCAGACACAGUCAUCAAGACCAUUGUGGAGCAUGGCCCAGAAAAUGCUAUACAUGCUACUGACAAGAAUGGGGCUACAGCUCUUCAUGCUGCAGCCAUGUCUGGACAUUCCAGCUCUGUUCAGAUCCUAUUAGAUUAUAAGGCAAAUGUAGAUGCAGAAGAUCUCCUCAAACACACACCACUAUUCAGAGCAGCUGAGCUAGGCCACAUAGAUGUGGUGAACACACUCAUUCAAGGUGGUGCAAAUAUUGAAGUUGUAGAUCUAGAUGGACGUUCUCCUCUCCACUGGGCUGCGCUUGGCGGACACGCAUGUAUUUGCGACAUUCUGAUGCGCCAUGAUAUACCACCAGACAUCCCAGAGUUCGCCGGCAGGACGCCUCUACAGUGCGCAGCAUAUGGGGGAUUCAUAAAUUGCAUGUCAUUACUUAUGGAGAAGGGGGCAGAUGCAGACUUGAAAGACCAUGAGGGAAUGACAGCCUUACAUUGGGCCUGCAGUUCAGGGAACCUGGAUGCUGUUAAACUUCUUAUCGAAAAUGGUGCUUUCCCUAACCACAUGGAAUUUAAUGAGGACCGCUUCACUCCCUUGGACCACGCCCUAUUAAAUGACUUUCAUGAUGUUGCGCAAUAUAUGAUUGAACAAGACGCCCUCUCUAUCACAGGAAUAAGAGAUAUCGCCUCAGUUAAAAUACAGUCUUACUUUCGUGGAUACUGUGUAAGGAAGACUUUCUUAAAGCAAAAGUCAUUGCUAAUGAAACAUGAACAACUGAGAAGAGACGCAGCAAAGAAAAAGGAAGAAGAAUCGAAGAAGUUGGAUGGGUGUUCCAAGAAAAAUUUGAAUGAAGCGGAAGGUGCUAAUAAUAAUAAUAAUUUACUACAAGUGACUGAUACUAAAGAAAGUGAUUUAAGCAAAGCAAGGUCGGUGAAUUCUGUAUACGUGGAAACUGACGAACCGACACAAAACCAUAAUGGGACCAGAUAUAACCGGUCCAAUUCGCUGCUCAUUGUUUCACAAGACAUUUGCAACUCAUCUAUUAGCAUUGACGACCCACUGCCACAAUCGUCUCCGUCCGUUUCUAGUGAUUUGAGUGUCUCCCUCACAUCAUGCACCGAUAACAAUGCUUCUCCUACAAACACUGUACUGGAUAACAAUGUUAAUAAUAGUAACAGUAAUGCUGUACGUGAAUCUGAUGCCAAACGAGGGAGUGCUUCAAGUGAAAAGACUGAUAGUUUGCAUCAGAAAUCAAAAAAGGUUGCAGAGCAAAAUAAGUUAGUAGAUAAGUAUCGGGAGCAACCACUAUCCUGGAGGAAACAAAACAAUGCAGCAAAAUCGAUACAGAGAGCCUGGAGAAGACACAUUCACAAUAAUAAGGUAUCAGUAGUACACGUUGCGAAGACUGAGAAUAGGAGACGGUUAGGCCAUGGGGAGGACGCCUGGGAGAGGCAGGUAGCUGCAUGCACCAUCCAGCUAGCCUGGCGCAGGUACUUCCGUAAGAAACUCCUGAAGGAGCUAGGGGGACAGAGACGUAUGAUGCACACGUGGGACCCAGAGGUUCUUGCAGUAAGGCAGACUAUCGCUCUACAGAAGAUUUAUACCCAGCCAAUGGAUGCAUAUGAAUGGAACCCUGGGCCAAGGAAGAAACCUGUACGGCCAAAUUAUAUGAAAUAUAUACCAUCUCCUGCAGCUCUAUCCUUUAAUUUUGCUGUUGAUCAGUACCAACCAGUCAGCAGGAGAGGCUCACCAUACACCUCGUUAACACUUCCCAAUCUCCGCAGGUCAUCCCAUGCAAUCUUUGAAGAUCUUGAUGACUUUAUAUAUGAUGCCGAUAUGCAAAGUGUCCAUUUGUCAGAUGAUGGCCGUGGGUCAAUAGCAAGUCACUAUUCUUACAAUCUAUACAGAUAAUAAAGUCAAAUGGUGAUGUUUGAAUACGGUGUGAAUUGUGGCAUCUGCUCUUUAAUUCUACCUCAGGUUAUCUUUUGUUUAUAACCUAAUGCAAUUUUUCUGCUAUGAAAAUUGUCAAUGAAUUGUCAUUUUUCUCUUAAAACACUUAAUAAUAAUAUGACUUCUCUUCGUACAAGAUGCUAAAUUAGAAUGUUAAUGUUUUAUUUAUCAGGAAAUUAUCACAAUGUCUACAUGCUUCUGUUGAGAUUUUGGCAGAAACAAACUUACUAGCAUUCUGCUCUUGUAACGUUGGCAUGGCUUAAAACAGUGCUGCAGCCAUUAUUUACAUUAGGAGGAUAUUGACCAACUGGGGUAUAGGGUCACCUAGAAUCCCUAGCAAGAUCAAUGGUCAGAGACAGUUGGAUCACAGCUCAGUAUUUCCGGGAUUCCUAAGGGUUCAAAUACUGGACUACCGAUGCUGGUCAAGAUGUAAAAAUUUAAGAUUUUUGAAAAAAUAUACAUUACACAAAAUAACAAAUUUUACAUUCAGUACAUCCGUGACCGUCUUUAAAAUGUGGACCUUUUCCGAUUUGGUGGGGAUAUGGGCCUGAUUAGACAAGUAUUUAUUGAUAAGAAAACAUGUUAGGUGUUUGGUGGAACAUAAUGUACUACAGGACCUAUAAUGAUGUAGAGUUUUAAGGAUUAUAAGGUGAUGAGGUUGAGUGACAAUCAUGGUGGUGAUGAUAAAUGGUGAUAAUUAUGAUACAGUUCAUCAUGAUCAUAAUGAUGGUAAUGCUAAUAAUUGAUGUGGUAUUGUCAUUUGAUAUAGUGCAUUAUGCUAGUGCCUCAGUAACAACAAUAAUAUAAUAUUUAGAAAUGAAUUUCUUAUUAUGAGAUCAGAUUUUAUAUGCAAUGCCUGUUUUAUUAUUUGAGUCUUGUAUAUCAUUCAUUGGCCCAUAAUUCUAAACUGGUAUAUCACAUAGUGUAGUAUAAUAAUAGAAAAUAUAGUUUUAAUAUAUCUCUCAAAAGAAUAUAUUUUGGAAGUUCAUAUUUAUUUAAGUUAUAUAAUUAUAGUAUUUGAAAAGUAUUGUUCGAUAUUAAAACCACAGCUGAUUAGAAUUCUUGUCAGUGCUGUUGUUUUUAUUCAUUCAAAAUUGUCAAUUACUGCCAGUAUCCAAAUUAAAUUAACCUUAAUAAAUGACCGAA